CUCCCUCUUCCCAGGUGGGGUUGCUAACCAGGUCCCUAAAGAGAACAGCAGGAGCAACGCGGCGAUGCAGGAGAUGACAGGCGCCAAGAGGACGUAUGACAUGAUGGAAGGGAGAACAUCCAGGCUGAUAUCCUCUGCUAAUAUAGAAGGUUUAAUGGGACGAGCCAUUCCCUCCGAGAGGCACAGUCCGCUCAACUUAAAGGAUCCACAUCAUAUCCGAGGUUCCAUCACACAAGGAAUUCCUAGGUCCUACGUAGAAUCUCCAGAGGACUAUCCCCGAAGGGAAGCAAAGCAACCCAAGAGGGAGAACACACCACCAAGGGAUUUAACAGACGCCUAUAAGGUCAGGAGCCACGAGUCCCUCACUCCGUUGAAGCUGAAAGCGGUCCACGAAGGGCUGGUCACCACGGUGAAGGAAGCCGGGCGAUCGAUUCAUGAGAUUCCGAAGGAGGAUCUUUGUCGCGCUCCCGAUCUCUCUCUGAUGGCCCGGCCCAUUAAGGAAGGAUCGAUUACCCAGGGUACUCCACUGAAAUACGACACAAACACAUCCACGAAUGCCAAAAAGCACGAUGUCCGGUCUAUUAUUGGCAGCCCGGGCAGGAAUUUUCAUCCCAUGCUCCCCAUGGAGGCCAUGCAGGACCCAAGGACGCUGGAAAGAGCGUACGAGGACAAUUUGAAAAGCAGCAGGCCCAGCCCUGUGACGAACUCUGGCGGCUCCAUCACGCGGGGAGCGCCCAUGAUUAUGCCUGAGCCAGGGAAGCCUCGCCAUAGCCCCCUUGCAUACGAAGACCACCAAGCGGCCCACGGGGCAGCUUUUGGAGGACACCUGCAUCGAGGGUCCCCCGUCUCCACGAGAGAGGCUGCACCCAAGCAAAUGGAAGGAAGCAUCACUGCUGGAAAACCCGUGUCUCAAGACAGGAAGGUCACAACCAGCUCCAGAGACAUCACUAGCUCCAAAUCUCCUCACACCCCACUUCCAGAACACCAUCACCAGAUGUUCGAGCAUCUGAUCCGCGGAACAGGUGGCAUGGAUCUAUACAGGGGGCACAUUCCACUGACCUUUGACCCUGCUGCCAUUCCCCGAGGGAUUCCUUUGGAAGCAGCUGCCUACUACUUACCAAGGCACCUUGCUCCUGGUCCUACGUACUCCCAUCUCUACCCACCCUACCUCAUCCGUGGUUACCCAGACACCGCCGCCAUGGAGAACAGACAGACCAUCAUCAACGACUACAUCACCUCCCAACAGAUGCACCACAACGCUGCCACGGCUACCACCAUGGCUCAGAGAGUCGAUCUGCUUCGUGGCUUGUCUCCACGAGAACCUUCCCUGGCUCUCAACUACGCAGCAGCAGGGAUAAUUGACCUGUCUCAAGUACCACACCUCCCUGUGCUCGUGCCUCCCACUCCAGGCACCUCUGCAGCCUCCAUGGACCGCAUCACUUACAUGCACGGCACUGCCCAGCCUUUCAGCAGUCGACACAGUAGCUCGCCGCUCUCGCCAGGUACCCCUGCGCAUUUAGCCAAGACGGGACCUCCGGUUUCCGAACGGGAGCAAGAACGAGACCGUGAAAAGGAACGCAAAAAAUCGGUGGUGACCAGCACAGCCACGGUGGAACACGCGCCCAUCUGGAGGCCGGGCACCGAGCACAGCAGUGGCCGUAUCUCUGCACACUCUCACAAGCACUCCCCGGUUUCCCCACGUGCCCAGGAGAACAUCCAACAGCGUCCCAGCGUGCUGCAUAACACCAACAUGAAGAUCGUCUCUCCAGAAGGCCUCACUCCCUCCGUUUUACGAUCCUCUUCUUCCUCCUCCUCCUCUUCAUCCAUCGCCACCACGUCCCCAGCCUGCUCCUCCGGCUUCUGUCCGGCAUCGGCGUUGCGCAGCUCCAUGAGUGGCGUGGACAACUAUGCCUCGGUGAUGGAGUCAGCUCAUGUGCAGAAGGAGGUCUCCUCCUCCUCCUCCUCCAGGACCCAGGACCUCAAAAGUGAACGGUCUCAGCCUGAGAUCAACCACCUGUUCCCCUCAAAGUUGUCUGUGGGGCCAAGCCUAGAACAGACCCCUUCGCCCGUAAAAGCUACGGAGUCCAAGACUUUGUCCUCUUCUGGGCCGGGGGCAAGCCACCCGUUUAGCAGAGGACAGGGGAAAAUCCAGCCUUCGCAUCACAGCCCCCUAGACUCAUCACUGCACGCCGUUUCGGCCCCCGAGCAGCCGAGUAGAGAAAAGAGUAAACCCUUUUCAGUGCAGGAACAGGAGCUGCGAGUACUGGGUAAGACUACCAUGACAGCGGCCAACUUCAUUGAUGUCAUUAUCACGCGCCAAAUUUCUUGCAAUAAGGGGAUGCCCGAAAGAAGUACAUUAAAUAACAGCACCAAUGGCGAUGUUUUCCGUGGGAACUACAGUCCUGAUGGCGUUGAAACCAUAAGCCCCGUGAACUCCCCCUCCUCUGUCCUCCACGAGAAAGGGAUGAAGCUGGCUCAAGAUAAGGAGAAAGGGUCCCUCAAAUCGUCUGCGACAGAGUUCCCCCACAUGCAACAGCUCCACCAGAUCAGCGAGGGUCACCAGUCCCCCAGUCAGCCAUUGCAGGGACCCCCGAAUGCCAAAGGAAAUCAGCGCGUCGUCACCUUGGCCCAGCACAUCAACGAAGUCAUCACUCAAGACUACACACGCUAUAAUCCCCAGCAACACAAUCCUCAUAUCCAGCCUCCCGUCUACUCCUACUCCGGGGCUGCUGGCCCUGUGCUGGACCUCCGCCGAGCUCCUACCGAAUCUUACCUCCAGCACCAACCAAUGGAACAUGUUUCAUCGUCUAGAAUUUCCCCCGAAAAUGAAGCAGACCAAAGGUCCCCCGAGCAAAUCAAAAUUCCAUCUUCGGACAACUGCAUCGAGCCGAUUUCCCCUCCCGAGGGCAACGGAGAAGCCGAGCGUGUCCGAAACAGCACCUACCCCAUCCUGUACCGUGAGGGCGAGCAGCUGGAGCUGAGAGGCUGCACCCGAUCCCCGGGAAACAGCGUCCAGCCGCCGGCCUUCUUCAGCAAACUGACAGAGAGCAAUUCCGCCAUGGUGAAAUCCAAGAAGCAGGAAAUCAUCAAAAAACUCAGCACGAGCAACCGGAAUGAGGCGGAAUACAAUGUUGGACAACCCGGGACAGAGAUUUUUUACAUGCCAGCCAUGACAGGAACAGGGUUAAUCAGUUGUAGGAGCCAGGCGGUCCAAGAAAACCCCAGUUCCAACAUGGGGCUGGAGGCCAUUAUCAGAAAGGCUCUCAUGGGUAAAUAUGACCAUCGGUGGGACGAGCCCGCUCCUCUCAGUGCCAAUGCUUUUAACCCUUUGAAUGCCAGCCCGAGCUUGCCCGCUGUUUUGCCUGUAACCUCUGCUGAAGGACAGAUUGAGGAGAUGCAUUCUUCCAUGCCAGGAGGGGGGAAACCAAAGGCUGCCGCCCGCGCUAACAGUCGGAAGGCCAGAUCUCCAGCACCCGGCCUGUCCUCCACCAUUGAGAGGCCGCCAUCCGCUUCGUCCGUUCACUCCGACGGGGACUGUAACAGGAGGACACCUCUAACCAACCGGGUUUGGGAGGACAGGCCAUCAUCCACAGGCUCAACACCGUUUCCAUACAACCCCCUGACGGUGAGACUUUCCACGGGAGUCGUGACCGGCCCUCCACCGCCCACUGCCACCGUUCUGCAGGGCAACUCCAGUACCCAGAACCACGGCUGGGAAGAAGAGCCCAAACCUCUAUUGGUUUCACAGUACGAGACCCUCUCGGACAGUGAAUGAGAAGAAAGAAGGCCGCGACGGGAAGGCCCAUGGACAGAUGGAUGUGGUGGCGAUGGAACGGGUCAGGGAUGGGGGAUUCUGGGAGCUCGUCUCCUUCAGACCAGCUCACCACAGAGCUGUCUUGGGGUGGGGGUGAGGGAGUCUUUUUGUUUAAUUUUUUUACGACAUCUGGAAAGAGGGUAUAUUAAAAAAAAAAACCACAACAACAAAAGAAAGCGAAUAGGUUUUAAAGCCUUAAAAACCAACCAGGAAAUGGAACCCACCACCCAAGUCCAUUUUGGAUGAGGGCCAAGAAGGGAGGGGGUUUGAGAUGGCCAAGUCUACCAACACUCAUGGAGCUUUUUCAUCUCCUGCAUCCACUUUGUCCUUCAGCCCAGCAGAGGAAAGAAGGUGAAGGAAGAGUGUUGGGCUUGGUCAACUCUUGGCCAGGUUCACUUUCCGGUAUUGGUCCCAAGUACCUCCUUGAGAUGGGCUGCUCACCUGAUACUUGAAACCCAGAUCAUCCAACCCCUUUUCCCCUGUAUCUCCUUGUCUUAGCCUAAUGAGGGACCGCCGUGGUGGAGCUGUGGAGUUGUGGGCCAUCUAGAGAAGAUGACUCGGGGCAACCCAAUGAAUUAGAGAUCUCGUUGCUGGUCAUUCAAAGCAGGAGGGUUGGGGUAUAGUUCUUGUUCUGUGCCCCUGAAGGCUGAAUUUGGAACACGUCAGAAGCAGAUAGCCGGAACUUGGGGUGCAGAAAUUGACGUCAAGGAGAAAACCAGAAGAGAGCAGGUUGUUUGGGACAGCGGGGAGAAGAAAUUGGAAUAUCCGUCAAGAGAUGAUUCCUCUAGACGUUAGGGGGUUGACUAGGGAUGGAGAACACAAGAGGCAGCUGUGGAAAUGGCACCAAUCUCUCAAAACGCUUCUUUGGGUAUCAUCUUAUAGCAGUGUUUCUCCACCCUGGCCCCUUUAAGGCGGGCGGACUUCAACUCCCAGAAUUCCCCUGGGCUGGGGAAUUCUGGGUGUUGAAGUCCACCCAUCUUCAACGGCCUGAGAUUUGAGAAACACUGAUGAACACAGGGUAUAUUUUUGUUACAUUUGGGGGGGAGGAGGGGAAAUGAUGCCAGAUUAUUUCAGAGGGUUAUUUUUAAUUCUCGGUUUUGUGGGUGCGAGGAAGGACUCUAAAACAGUGUUAUAUGCUGCUUUUUUUUGGUCGCUACUCUUGUACAAAGAGGGUUUCUAUGUUGGCGUGCGAGAUAUUUGAGCUGUUUGUCCAUUGUAUGGAAAUGUCAAGAGGGAAACCAUGAUUCAGCAAAAUGGUUCUGUAAUUCAGUAGAAUAUAUUAACAUAGCUCUUUCAUUAAAAAAAGAAAUGUGAAUAUAUAUAUAUAUAUAUAUAUAUAUAUAUAUAUAUAUAUAUAUAUAUAAAUGCAGACAAACGCAUACAAACACACACAGAUACACAUUCACACAUAUCAUUUCCAGAUCCUUUUAUCACCUGUAAAGCAAGACAGACCAUCAUAUUUUUCAAAAAAAUUGUCUCUGUUGAGAAAAAUAAGGGAACUUGCAGGAAAGUUGAAAUAGGUAGUUUUCUGAUCCCUAGGCAAUGUGCUUAUUCAGUUGGGUGCGAUGAGAGGGUCCCUUCCCCCACUUUUAACUCACACAAACCACCAUGACUAUAAUUCAAAGUGAAUAGUCUCGUUUUGCCAUCUGUUUUUCUUCCUUUCCUUUCCCUUUUAUACCCGCAAACAGUGAAUCUCAACCUUGUAUGACUUUAAGUUGUGUUGACUUCAGCUCCCAGAAUUCCCCAGGCAGCCAUGUUGGAAGUCCAUGUUUCUUAAAAGUUGUUAAGAUUGAGAAAUUCUGCCCUAGACUGAAUUCUUGAGGCCAAGAAUCCCAGAUAGUUGAGUCUUUUCUGGAGCAGACGAGAGCCGUAUUGGCAUAGCUGAAAAAGGACAAUAUCACACUGUUGAUGUCUCCUGGUUGUUUAAAUUUGUUUCUACAGUGAAGUUUGCUUUCCCAACCAUUUUACUUCUAACUCAUCCUCUUCAUUUUCUCCUAUUGAUGCAGCUGCUUUGUUACAGUAUAUUAAACUCCGGCAUGCAUUAUUAAAUGUUUGCAAAACUGGCAUAUGUAAAA